GCGUGAGUAGGGCGGCGCCUGCUGCUUCCCUCACGCAGCCGCCGCGCCGGACCCGGAAACCGCCGUCGUUGCGGAGAAGGCGGCGGCACCGCCGGGCGGGAUGGGGGAGGCUAUCCCGCUGGGCGCACCGGUGCCGGUGGAACAGGCCGUGCUGGAGACUUUCUUCUCCCACCUGGGCAUCUUCUCCUAUGACAAGGCCAAGGACAAUGUGGAGAAGGAGCGGGAGGCCAACAAGAGCGCGGGGGCCAGCUGGCUGGCCCUGCUGGCCGGGCUGGCGCACCUGGCCGCCGCCGAGAAGGCCUACCACAGCAUGACCUUCCUGGGCCAGAAGCUAGGUGGUCAGUCAUUCUUCAGCCGAAAGGACUCCAUCCGAACCAUCUACACAUCUCUGCAUAAUGAGCUGAAGAAGGUGGUGGCGACGGGUCACAAUGCACUAGGAGGAACAGCUCCUCACUUGGAAGAGCUGCUUUCUCACCUGUCUGAACAGCUCUGUUUUUUUGUUCAGGCUCGGAUGGAAAUUGCUGACUUCUAUGAAAAAAUGUACACGCUCAGCACCCAAAAGUUCAUUAACUCUGAGGAACUGGUAAACAUUUUGGAAUCCAUCUUAAGGAAAUACAGCUCAAGAUUUCAUCAUCCAAUCCUCAGUCCUCUUGAAAGCAGUUUCCAGCUGGAGGUAGAUGUGCUUGCACAUCUCUUAAAGGCUCAGGCUCAGAUCUCAGAGUGGAAGUUCCUUCCAUCCCUGGUCAACUUGCACAGUGCUCACACAAAACUACAGACUUGGGGCCAAAUUUUUGAGAAACAGCGAGAGACCAAGAAACAUCUGUUUGGAGGGCAGUCUCAGAAGGCUGUACAACCUCCGCACCUCUUCCUCUGGCUGAUGAAGCUCAAGAACAUUCUCCUUGCCAAGUUUAGUUUUUACUUUCAUGAGGCCCUUAGUCGACAAACAACAGCAUCUGAAAUGAAAACUUUGACUGCUAAAACAAAUCCUGAUUAUUUUGGGAAAAUUUCCAGCUUCAUCCGGAAGUAUGAUGCCGUCAAUGUUUCCUUAAUUUUUGACAAUCGUGGAUCAGAGAGUUUUCAGGGACAUGGUUAUCAUCAUCCCCAUUCUUACAGGGAAGCACCCAAAGGAGUGGAUCAAUACCCUGCAGUGGUGUCUCUGCCCAGUGACAGACCUGUUAUGCACUGGCCCAAUGUAAUCAUGAUUAUGACUGAUAGAACCUCUGACCUCAACAGUUUGGAGAAGGUUGUUCACUUCUACGAUGACAAAGUCCAAAGCACGUACUUUCUGACUCGCCCCGAACCUCACUUUACCAUUGUAGUUAUUUUUGAGUCCAAGAAGUCAGAAAGGGACUAUCAUUUUAUUUCUUUUCUCAAUGAAAUUUCACAUUCCCUUAAGAACUCCAAAGCUUUUGCAAGCUUGAAGCCUGGAUCCAAAGGGUAAAAUACAAACUACUUCCGAGUUGUCAAGGCAGUAAGCCAGCCUUGGUAGAGCCGUAGCUUUCAAGGGUUACAUAAAUUUGUGAUUCUCAGAGUCUAAUUAAAAAGGAACCAUUAUUUUUUAAUGUUAUAAGUUCCCUUUUUUUUAAGCUAACAGACACUUGAAGAAAAGUAUUUUUGGGUAGUACUCAGUGAGGCAACUUAAUUGUGAGGUGCUAAAUGGCCACAGUACAAUAUUUUUUUUGGUGUGGUUUUCAGUAUGAUUUAUUUUUUCAGUCCACAACUCUGUUGCCUGUAUCAGAAAGGAAUAUAUGCACUUUAUCUUAGUCUGAUCAUUGACUGUCUUCUACAGAGUUUAUUGAAAAUGUGGUGAGGAUGGAAGAUACUGUCUUUUCAGGAAAUUGCAUUGCUUGACAGGAGUGAUUUUUGGGAACUAAGCACUGAUACAAGGGAAUACUAAAAAAAGGCGAACCUGCAAGAACACAUUUUAAAUAAAAAUACAAGACUCACAAAA